AUGGUGGUGGUGGUGACAAUGGUUAUGGUUGGUCAUGGUGGUGGUGGCGGAGGUAGCAGUGGUUAUGGUGGUGGUGGCGGUGGUGCUGGUGGUGGUGGCAGUCNUAGUGGCGGCGAAAUUGGUGGUGGUGGUAGUGGUGGUGGUUGUGUGGGUGAUNGUGGUUUCGGUGGCAGCGGCGGGGGUGGAAGUGGUGUUGGAGGUGGUUGCGUUGAUGGUAGUGGCGGCCUUGGUGGUGGUAGGGGUGGUGGUUGUCAUGGUGGUGGUGGUGGUGCCAAUGGUUGUGGUGGUGGGGGGGGGAGGGUGGCAAUGGCGGUAGUCAUGGUGGAGGUGGCGGUGAUGGUGGGUGGUUUUGGUGUUGGUGGUGGCGGCGGCGUCAGUGGUGGUGGAUGUUGUGGUGGUGGUAGGUGUGGUGGUGGUGAUGGUAGUGGCAAUUGUGGCGGCGGCGACGGUGGCGACGGCGGCUGCAGCGGUGGUGGUUGCGGCUACAAUGGUGGCGACAGUGAUGGUGGUGGUAGUUUUGGAGUUUUUGGACGUGGUGGUGGUAUCAGUGGUGGCGGCGGCGGUGAUGGUGGUGGUGAUGGUCGCGGUGGUAGAGAUGGUGGUGCUAGGGGUGGUUAUGGUGGUGGUUGGGGUUGUGGUGGUGGUGGUGGUGGUGGUGGUGGUAAUGGUGGGUUCGGCGGCGGCGGUGAUGGUGGUGGUGGUGGUGAUUGUAGUGGUGGUCCUGGUCGUGGUGGUGGCAGUAGCAGUGCCGGCGGCGGUGGCGGCGACAUUGGUUGUGCUAGUAGUUGUGGUGGUGGUAGCGGCAGCGGCGGCGGCGGUAGUGGUUGUGGUGGUUAUGGUGUUAGUGGUGGUGGUGGUGGUGGUAGGGGUGGUGGUGGUCGUGGAUGUCGUUGUGUGGUUAGUGGUGGUCGUGGUACUAGUGGUAGCGGCGGCGACGGUGGUGGUGGUGGUGGUGGUUGUGGUAAUGAUGGCGGUGGUGGUGCUGAUGGUCGUGGUGGUCUUAUUGGUGGUGGGGGUGGUGCUGGUGGUAGCGACAGCGGCGAGAGUGGUUGUGGUGGUGGUGGCAGCAACGGUGGUUGUGGUGGCGGUGACGGUAGUGGUGGUGGGGGUUUCGGUGGUAGUGGCCAUUAUGGUGGUGGUAGUGGUUGCGGUGGUGGUGGCGGUGGCGUUGAUGGUGGGGGCACUGGUGGUGGUGGUGGUUAUCGUGGUAGUCGUGGCGGUGGUUGGUGGUGGUGGGAAUGUGGUGGUGGGUUUGGUGGCGGUGGUGGUUGUGGUGGCGAUUGUAGUGGUGGUUGUGGUGGUGAUGGUGGCGGCGGCUGCAGUGGUGGUUGUGGUGGCGACGAUUGUGGUUGUGGUUGUAGUGGUGUUUGUGGUGAUGGUGGGGGUGGUAGUCAUGGUGCUGUUAGUGGUGGUGGAGGUUGGUGGUGGUGUGGCGGCGGUGGUAGUGUUGUGGUGGUAGUGGUGGUGGUUGUGGUAGAGGGGGCGGCGGCGGUGGCGGUGGUGGUUGUGGUGGUGGCGGUGGUGUCGUUGGUGGUCAUUGUGGUUGAGGAUGUGGUGGUGGUGGUGGCAUUUGGUGGUGGUGCUGGUGGCGGCAGCGGUGGUGGCGGCGGCGGUGGUGGUGACGGUGGUUAUGGCUGUGGUUGUGGUGGUGGUGGGGGGGGUGGCGGAGGUGGUGAUGGGGGUGUUAGUUGUGGUGGUGGUGGUUAUGGUGGUGGUGCUGGUGGUGAUGGCGGUGGUAGUGGUGGUGGUGGUGGUGGUUGCGGUGGCAGCGGUGGGGGUUGUGGUGGUGAUAGUGGUGCUGGGGGGUGGUGA